AUGGCGUCAGAGAAGCCGCAGAAGAUCGCCAUCCUCUCCGUCUACGAUAAGACGGGUCUUCUCGACCUAGCUAAGGGCUUGGUGAAGCAGAACAUCCGUCUUCUCGCUUCCGGAGGUACAGCAAAGCUCAUCCGUGAGGGUGGCUUCCCAGUCGAGGAUGUCUCGGCCAUCACCAAGGCUCCGGAGAUGCUGUCCGGUAGGGUCAAGACGCUGCACCCUGCCGUGCACGCAGGCAUUCUGGCGCGAGACCUAGCGUCGGACGAGAAGGAUCUGGCGGAGCAGAACAUCAAUAAAGUCGACUAUGUCAUCUGCAACCUGUACCCAUUCAAAGACACGGUCGCGAAGAUCAAUGUUACAAUACCGGAAGCGGUGGAGGAGAUAGACAUAGGCGGAGUUACUUUGAUACGAGCGGCAGCGAAGAACCACACGCGAGUUACUAUCCUGAGCGAUCCGGAAGACUACCAUGACUUCUUGCAGGAGCUGGAGAAGGGCGAGGUGACGGAGAAGAGUCGGCAGCUGUAUGCGCUCAAGGCGUUCUCGCAUACGGCAGACUACGACAACGCCAUAUCCGACUUCUUCCGCAAGAAGUAUGCGGGGGAUGGGUUACAGCAGCUCUCGCUGCGGUACGGCGCCAAUCCGCACCAGAAGCCUGCGUCGGCGUUCAUGGCCGAUCGACCGCUGCCAUUCAAAGUGUUGGCUGGCGCUCCCGGGUAUAUCAACCUGCUCGAUGCCCUCAAUGCAUGGCCGCUCGUCAAGGAGUUGAGCGAGGCGCUGGAUUAUCCAGCGGCGGCUUCGUUCAAGCACGUGUCACCAGCCGGCGCGGCGAUCGGCGUGCCUCUCAACGAACUUGAGAAGAAAGUGUAUAUGGUUGAAGACAUCGAAGGCCUUGAACAUUCCGGCCUGGCGCAAGCAUAUGCGCGAGCGCGAGGCGCAGACCGCAUGUCCAGUUUUGGCGACGUGAUCGCGCUUUCGCACGAAGUCGACGUGCCGACCGCGAAGAUCAUAGGCAAGGAAGUCAGCGACGGCAUCAUCGCGCCCGGAUACCAGCCUGAAGCGCUUGAGAUCUUGCGCAAGAAGAAGGGUGGCAAGUACCUCGUCCUGCAGAUGGACCGGUCAUACACCCCACCAAUGCAAGAACAACGGACCGUCUACGGCGUCAACCUGGUACAAGCUCACAACGACGCCCUCAUCACGCCACACAACACAUUCAACACGAUCAUUGUGCCGAAAGACUCGCCGCCUCUUCCGGAUUCCGCCUUACGUGACCUGACAGUCGCCACCAUCGCGCUCAAGUAUACUCAGUCAAACUCCGUCUGCUAUGCGCUCAAUGGCCAAGUCAUAGGUCUCGGCGCCGGCCAGCAGUCACGCAUCCACUGCACACGAUUAGCCGGCGACAAAGCCGACAACUGGUGGAUGCGCUUCCACGAGCGAGCAUUGGCUGUGAAGUGGAAGAAAGGCACCAAGCGAGCCGACAAGAGCAACGCCAUCGACCUGCUCUGCAGCGGCAUCGUGCCUGAGUUCGGUGCCGAGCGCGAGGACUGGGAGAAGAAUUUUGAGGAGGUGCCCAAGAUCUUUACACCUGAAGAGCGGAAAGCCUGGCUUGGAAAGCUUUCGGAGGUCGCCGUGAGCAGCGACGCUUUCUUCCCCUUUACUGAUAAUGUCUACCGGGUGGGCCGGAGUGGUGUGAAGUAUAUCGCUGCGCCGACGGGCAGUCAGAAUGACCAGCCUUGUUUCGAGACGGCGGAGAAGCUUGGCAUUACGUUUGUGGAGCAGCAUAUUCGCCUUUUCCAUCAUUGA